AUGAAGGUGGUUGAGAUCGUUGAUCGAUAUGACACAGACUGCGUUCCAGAAUCUUCUAGGGGCAACAAGGUCGCCUAUAUACAGGGUCAAGGAGAUAAGAUGUGUAACAGAACAAUAACGGUCACAAAAACUAUGAAGCAUCCUGUCUAUGUAUACUACCAACUUGAGAAUUUUUACCAAAACCAUAGACGGUAUGUGAAAAGUAGGAACGAUGCACAACUACGGAGUCCAAAAGAACGUGAUGUGAAGACUUGUGCACCUGAGGAUAACGUGGGCGGAGAACCAAUUGUUCCAUGUGGUCUUGUUGCUUGGAGUUUGUUCAAUGAUACUUACCAAUUUUCAAGAAAUAGCCAAGAACUUCCUGUGAAUAAGAAAGACAUCUCAUGGAAGAGUGACAGAGACAGCAAGUUUGGGAAAAAUGUCUUCCCUAAAAACUUUCAGACAGGAGCUCCUAUAGGUGGUGGAACUCUUGAUCCCAAGAAACCGUUGAGUGAGCAAGAAGAUCUCAUAGUCUGGAUGCGAACAGCAGCUUUGCCAAUAUUUAGGAAGUUGUAUGGGAAGAUUGAAACGGACCUGCAUGCUGGUGAAACCAUAACGGUUGCGUUGGAGAACAACUACAACACUUAUAGCUUCAAUGGAGAGAAGAAGCUCGUGUUAUCAACCACUAGCUGGCUCGGUGGAAGGAACGACUUUCUCGGAGUAGCGUAUCUCACUGUAGGCAGCAUCUGCUUGUUCUUAGCUGUUACAUUCUCCGUAUUGUAUCUAGUUAAGCCAAGGCAACUUGGAGAUCCCUCGUACCUUUCGUGGAACAGAAGUCCGGGAGGUUGA